GUCCGCCAUUGGUAACAUGUUUUAAAAAAAUGUAUUGUUUAAUCUUAUUUCGUGUAAUUUGAUUUGAGACGCUCUCAGUAUAGACGACACGUCUGCCAGUGUGAGUGUGCGGGUGUAAAGUAAACACGAUUUUGUCCUCUUGAAACAUUUGCGGGAUACCGCGAACAUAUAAUGUCAAACAACAGCAAAAUUUAAGCAUGUACGCAGGUGAGACAAACGAACGUCAGCCACGACGUGAUCAGCGAGUCGGUGUCGGCAUCAUCGGCUUCUCGGCGGGUUUCUUCCUCCACGUGAUCGCCAUGAUGACGCCCUACUGGGUGGUGCUCGACCACUCCAACUACAACGGCUUGUGGUAUGGGUGCAAAAUGUUCAGUUUCGAGCAGGACUGUAGAUACAUCCCGACCCGGAACAAUUCUGCUGAGGAGUCGAUGUCGUUGUUGGCGCUUGCAUGUUGUAUUUUCACUUUGAUUGGUAUUGCGCACCACUCUUGGAAACGAAACCGAAAGUCCCUCCUUGUGUUGACUGGAUGCAUACUAUUAUCUGGGGUGUUUGCCCUAUUCACGGUCAUCCUGUUUGGAGUCAAGCAUCCAAAAUAUCUGAGUUGGUCGUUCAAACUGGAUUGUGCCUCGGCAGCCAUUUUGCUGCUUUCUGCGGGAAUCUGUGUGUCCGGUAUUGGACAGGACCAGUAUGACAUGUUCUCAUAGAAACCGAUUUAAAAACGAUUUGUGGACAGAAGCGAUUUAUCGCCAGGGAAGUGAUAUGUGCAUUCGCUAUGAAGCGAUUUAUUGAUCCACAUAAAAUAUGUGUGUGCUUGAAUGUACCUACAUCUACGUGUGUAUAUUUGUGUAAGUAUGUGCGCUUGUGUGCGUACGUGUGCGUGUGUGCGUGUGCUGGCGUUGGUAUAAUACCAACCUCUUCCUUCUCUUCAUCAUCAUGAUGAUCAUCGUCAUCCCCAUCAUAAUCAUAAAUAAAAUAUAAGUUUGCAUUGUCA